AUGGCAGAAGGUUUCCUACAUGAAUCUAAAGACACGACAAUAGAAGAAGCUGGUGAUGGUUACUUCUUUGCUCUUGUAUCAAGAUCAUUAUUCCAACAAUCAAGUGACAAUAAAUCACUUUUCACAAUGCAUGAUCUUGUGAAUGAUUUAGCAACAUUUGUGUCCGGAAAAUUCAAUGUAAGGAUGGAGGGUGAUUAUUCUGGAGAAAAUGCGAGCAAGAUGGCUUUAAGAAGUUUGAGGUUCUUUACAAGGCUAAGAAGUUGUGCACUUUCCUACCAACGGACUUGUCUUGGAGUUAACUUUUUCAACCUAACAAAAAGGGUACCACAUGAGUUAUUGCCUCUACUAAAGUGCUUACGUGUGCUCUCUUUGUCUUGUUAUGACAAUAUGACUGAAUUGCCAGAUUCAAUUGGCAAACUUACACACAUACGUUACUUGGAUCUUUCUUUCACUAGUGUUCAAAAACUGUCUGAUUCUAUAUGUAAGUUGUGCAAUUCACAAACAUUGAUUUUGUCAGAGUGUAAAAUGCUUACAGCAUUGCCGAGCGAUAUGUGGAAACUUAUUAGUUUACGUCAUCUUUAUACUACUGGAACUAAAAUAACAGAGAUGCCAAUACAAAUUAGUCAAUUGAAAUGCAUUCAGAUGUUGACUGUAUUCAUCGUCGGCAAAGAUGCUCUAGAUGCAAGCUUGGGGAAUAAAAAGUACCUCAAAGAGUUGGUAUUGGAAUGGAAAGAUGCUAAUAAUUUUUCAGAAAGUCAGAAAAUUAAAGUUCUAAAAUUCGAGCAUAUGGCAAAAUGGGAGGAAUGGGUUUCUGAAAAUGGAGGUGUAGCUUUUCGUCGACUUGAAGUGCUUUAUAUUAAGAAUUGCCCUGAGCUAAAAGGAGGCUUGCCUGUCCAUUAUCUUCCUUCUUUAACCAAACUUGAGAUUUGUGAGUGUCAACAGCUGGUGACUCCACUCCCAAAGACUCCUGCCAUUGGUGAAUUGGAGUUAACCAAUUGUAAGAAGAUGCUGUUAAAGGAAUUGGCAAGAGGAAUGAAAAAGCUCGUACUUUUUGGAUUUGAGGAGGCAGCGUCCAUACCAGAGGGAAUGAUAGAGUCCAUCGACGGUCUUCAAGAGUUAGAAAUCUCUUAUUGUUCACUUACAUCCCUUCGCCUUCCCUCUACAGUACUAAAAACUCUCGACAUCAUGUACUGUCACUCACUUAAGUCCCUCCGCCUUCCCUCUGCAUUAAAAACCAUCAACAUCAGUUUCUGUUACUCACUUCAGUUCCUUCGCUUUCCCUCUACACUAAAAACUCUCCACAUCAGUGACUGUGACUCACUUCAGUCCCUUCGCCUUCCCUCUGCAUUAGAAACCAUCCACAUCGGGUUUCUGUAG